GAAACAAUGGCGGGAAACAAGACCCAUUAAUUAAAUAAAUAAAUAAAUAUAAACCUCUCUGGCUUUGCCCAGAACAAUUUCUUUGGAAAAAUUUGUGGAGAAAAAACACAGAGAAAAAUGGAGAAAGCGGUACCGGAAGCAGAAGAACUGCCGAAGGCUAUCGUGCGCCGGGUGGUGAAGGAUAAGCUUUCCGAUUGUUCCCCCGACUACGACAUUAACGUUCACAAAGACGCCCUCCUCGCUUUCACCGAAAGCGCUCGCAUUUUCAUCCACUACCUUUCCGCCACGGCAAAUGAUAUCUGCAAGGAAUCGAGGAGGCAAACGAUAAAUGCGGAGGAUGUGUUUAAAGCACUGGAAGAAAUUGAAUUCUCGGAAUUUGUUAAACCUCUUAGGGCUUCCCUUGCUGAGUUCAGGAGGAAGAAUGCUGGGAAAAAGGGUGGAGCAACAAGGGAAAAAGAAGUGAAGAAGAAGAGGAAGGUGGAAGAGCCAUCUGGCAAGAGUGGAAGUAAAAGCAAACAAAAUAAAGGGGAGGAUGAUAAUGAAGAAGAAAGAGAAGAAGGAGAAGAAGAAGCAGAAGAAGAUGAGAACAAUGGAAAUGAGUAAAGCAUGAACAGUGUAGUGAUUGGGUUAAACUAUUUGAUAUUUAUGUUCCUUGUCUGCGUUUAGUUAGAUUCAUGCUUCAGUUUGGAUUGGAAGUGGCAUUAUGUUUGGCCAUUGCAACUGCUAUUGAAAAACACACGAAUCCAUUGAGGUUUCAGGUAUUUGAGGUCUCUGUUUGUCU